GACCACGGAGUACAUUCAGCGCACGGACAUGAUGAUCAUGCUCAUCAUGAAACAUCUUGGUUAGAGACUUACGUUUUUAGUCAAGAUCACAAAACUAUCGCUAAACAAUUUUUGAUUACGGGUAUGUUUUGGGGAGUUGUCGGAGGAUUACUUUCCGUUAUUUUCCGUAUGCAAUUGGGAUGGCCAAACGAAACGUUUCCUGUUUUAGAAACAUUCUUAGGUAAAUGGGCUGAAGGAGGUAAAAUCAGCAACGAGUUUUACUUGUCGUUGGUAACCAUGCACGGAACUAUCCUUGUAUUCUUUGUACUAACGGGAGGUUUAUCAGGAACAUUUUCCAACUUAUUGAUUCCGUAUCAAAUUGGAGCACGUGAUAUGGCUUCAGGUUUUAUGAAUAUGUUGUCGUAUUGGUUUUUCUUCUCUGCUUCAGUUAUCAUGUUUGCUUCGUUCUUCGUACAAACAGGUGCUGCAUCCGGAGGGUGGACGGCUUAUCCGCCAUUGAACGGUAGUUUGAACUAUGUAGCGACUAUCCUUAACUUAAGAACCAAAGGAAUGAAUAUGUUGCGUAUGCCAUUAACCAUUUGGGCGUUUUUGUUUACUGCAGUAUUGGGUGUCUUAUCAUUCCCUGCAUUGUUGGCGGCAGUAUUCGUAUUGUUUACUUUGUUGAUUGCCGUUCCUUCUGCCAUCAAAGUAUUUAACUGGAUUGGUACGAUUUGGAAAGGUAGUCUACGUUUAACAACUCCAAUGUUGUUUGCUAUCGGUUUCGUAUCGAUGUUCAUUUCUGGAGGUUUGACCGGUUUGAUGUUAGGUAACUCUUCUAUCGAUAUUCAAUUGCACGAUACGUAUUUCGUUGUAGCCCACUUCCACAUUGUAAUGGGAGUUGCCGGUUUCUUCGGUAUGUUUGCUGGUGUGUAUCACUGGUUCCCUCGUAUGUACGGCCGUUACAUGAACGAAACAUUAGGCUACAUUCACUUCUAUAUUACAUUGAUUGGAGGAUACGCUAUUUUCUUCCCAAUGCACUUUAUGACAGGUUUACCAAGACGUUAUUAUUCAUUCGCUAACUUCGAUACCUUUAGUUCAUUCGAUAGUUUAGUGGUGUUUAUCUCUGUUGCUGCAAUUAUCGUAUUCUUAGCGCAAAUCUUGUUCAUCGUUAACUUUUUCUACAGUAUUUUCAAAGGAAGAAAAUUAGAAGGUGAGUAUAACAAUCCAUGGGGUGGAAAUACAUUAGAGUGGACUGCUCCUGUAGCAAGAUUGCACGGUAACUGGCCUGGAGAUAUUCCUGCAGUACACCGUUGGCCAUACGAUUACUCUGUGAACGGACGUGAGUUUACUCCACAAACUACGCCUUUAGCACCGGAGUAUGCACUCUUAACUAAGUUUAGAUUGAGCGUAACUGUGGUGUUAUCGGGCUUGUUGGGCUAUUUGUUUGGAGCAGAAUAUACCCAAUUCAGUUUUGGUGUUUUCUUCUUGUUCGUGUUAUCGGGUUUAUUGAUUACUUGUUCGGCAAAUGCCUUCAACGAAGUGAUCGAAAAAGAUAUAGACGGGAUAAUGGAGAGAACGAAAGAUCGUCCGUUGCCAACAGGCCGUAUGACCACUUCCGAAGCGAUUAUUGCAGCAGGAGUGAUGGGUGUUUCAGGCUUGUUGAUUUUGUGGUUAAAGUUUAGUUCGUUGGCUGCCAUUAUGGGUGCUAUCUCUAUUUUGAGUUAUGCAUUCAUCUACACCCCAAUGAAGAAAGUAUCUUCAGCGGCUGUUUUUGUUGGUGCUAUUCCGGGUGCAUUACCACCGGCUAUUGGUUAUGUAUGUGCUACCUAUCCAUCUACCUUUAAUUAUUUUACGGCUUCAUUGCUAUUCUUUAUACAGUUCUUAUGGCAGUUCCCGCAUUUCUGGUCGAUA